UCUUUAUUCAGAAGAAUGUACUUGAUAAUUUUCUAUAGAAAAAAAGCGAGGCCAUUUCCUGUUUCUCUGCAGUUUUCCCCAGCUUUGGGUGGUGGCUGCUGCUGGGCUCCGGCUUCCCAUCGGCGGAGGGCAAGGCGGCGUGGACAGCGGCCCCGGCACUCCGCGCCCCGCCGCCCGCAGCCGCGCGCCCGCCCGCCCGCCGCACCCCGAGCUCUCCGCUCCUCGCCUCAGCGCCCGGCCGCCGCGGCCGCGGCCCAGAGAGCGGCCCAGAUGCAGGCCAUCAAGUGUGUGGUGGUGGGAGACGGAGCUGUAGGUAAAACUUGCCUCCUGAUCAGUUAUACGACCAAUGCCUUUCCUGGAGAGUAUAUCCCUACUGUCUUUGACAACUAUUCUGCCAAUGUCAUGGUGGAUGGAAAACCGGUGAAUCUGGGCUUGUGGGAUACAGCUGGACAAGAAGAUUAUGACCGAUUACGUCCCCUAUCCUAUCCGCAAACGGAUGUAUUCUUGAUUUGCUUUUCUCUUGUGAGUCCUGCAUCAUUUGAAAAUGUUCGUGCAAAGUGGUACCCUGAAGUGCGACACCACUGUCCCAACACUCCUAUCAUCCUGGUGGGGAUGAAACUUGAUCUGAGGGAUGAUAAAGACACAAUUGAGAAACUGAAGGAGAAGAAGCUGACACCCAUCACCUACCCACAGGGCUUGGCCAUGGCCAAGGAGAUCGGUGCCGUCAAAUACCUGGAAUGCUCGGCGCUCACGCAGCGAGGUCUCAAGACGGUGUUUGAUGAAGCUAUCCGGGCGGUUCUCUGCCCACCCCCCGUCAAGAAGAGGAAGAGAAAAUGCCUGCUGUUGUGAAUGUCCGGGCCCCUCCCGCCUGUCCCGUCCCCCAGGACCCUUUGUACGCUUUGCUCAAACGGUGGAACCUUCGCACUCAAUGCCAAGUUUUUGUUACAGAUUAGUUUUUCCAUAAAACCGCUUUGAACCAA